UUUGGUCACCUCUGUCACCUAAAAGGCGUUCUUCCCGCAGACACGGGCGACAAUGCCGCAGGGAAGCAUCAGGAUUGGCUCGAAUCAUAAGGAGCUCCUGGCGCUUCUGUCGCUGCUGUCGCUGCUUCUUUUCAAACAGCCGCUGCUGGGGAAAUGCGAGAGGUGGGCGUCGAGAUCCGGGACCAGAUGGGAAGACUGGAGUGAGGAAACGUGGCGUCAAGAGGCUGGGAUUCCGAGAAAGGAGGCGAGCUUUCACGAAAAUGCGAGCGACUUCGGUAAGGGGCGGGGCCGCAAGGCCUUGAUGAAAGGUAUGGAGCCAGCAUAGACCAAUCAGACCUCUCUGGGGCGGGGCUUCUGUUGGAAAGUGGGCGUGGCCCAAGGGGGAAGUCACCAAGAACGCACCGGAGGUCCUUGCCGGUCCUGGAAAACGCCCUCUGCGGUGAAGGAGAGAGCACGCCGCCAUGCCUCCCUCUGGGCCUCGAGGAACCCUCCUUCUGUUGCCACCGCUGCUGCUGCUCCUGCUUCGCGCUGUGCUGGCUGUCCCCCUGGAGCGAGGGGUGCCCAACAAGGAGGAGCCCCCUGCGACUGAGAGUCCGGACACGGGCCUGUACUACCACCGGUACCUCCAGGAGGUCAUCGACGUGCUGGAGACAGAUGGGCAUUUCCGCGAGAAGCUACAGGCUGCCAAUGCGGAGGACAUCAAGAGCGGGAAGCUGAGCCGAGAGCUGGACUUCGUCAGCCACCACGUCCGCACCAAGCUGGAUGAGCUCAAGCGACAGGAGGUGUCGCGGCUGCGGAUGCUGCUCAAGGCCAAGAUGGACGCCCAGCAGGAGCCCAAUGUACAGGUGGAUCAUCUGAAUCUCCUGAAGCAGUUUGAACACCUUGACCCUCAGAACCAGCAUACAUUCGAGGCCCGUGACCUGGAACUGCUGAUCCAGACGGCCACCCGGGACCUUGCCCAGUAUGACGCAGCCCAUCAUGAAGAGUUCAAGCGCUACGAAAUGCUUAAGGAACAUGAGAGACGGCGUUAUCUGGAGUCACUGGGAGAGGAGCAGAGAAAGGAGGCAGAGAGGAAGCUGGAAGAGCAACAGCGCCGGCACCGCGAGCACCCCAAAGUCAACGUGCCUGGCAGCCAAGCCCAGCUGAAAGAGGUGUGGGAGGAGCUGGAUGGACUGGAUCCCAACAGGUUUAACCCCAAGACCUUCUUCAUUCUGCAUGAUAUCAACAGUGAUGGUGUCCUGGAUGAGCAGGAACUGGAGGCCCUCUUCACCAAGGAGCUGGAGAAGGUGUACGACCCAAAGAAUGAGGAGGACGACAUGCGGGAGAUGGAGGAGGAGCGGUUGCGCAUGCGGGAGCACGUGAUGAAGAAUGUGGACACCAACCAGGACCGCCUCGUGACCCUGGAGGAGUUCCUUGCAUCCACUCAGAGGAAGGAGUUUGGGGACGCCGGGGAGGGCUGGGAGACAGUGGAGAUGCACCCUGCCUACACCGAGGAGGAGCUGCGGCGUUUCGAGGAGGAGCUGGCUGCCCGGGAGGCAGAGCUGAAUGCCAAGGCCCAGCGCCUGAGCCAGGAGACAGAGGCUCUAGGGCGGUCCCAGGGCCGCCUGGAAGCUCAGAAGAGAGAGCUGCAGCAGGCUGUACUGCACAUGGAGCAGCGGAAGCAGCAGCAGCAGCAGCAGCAGCAGCAGCAGCAGCAGCAGCAGCAGCAGCAGCAAGGCCACCAGGCUCCAGCUGCAGACCCCGAGGGGAGGCUCAAGUUCCACCCAGACACAGACGAUGCACCCGUCCCAGCUCCAGCUGGUGACCAGAAGGAGGUGGACGCUUCGGAAAAGAAAGUUCCUGAGCAGCCCCCUGAGGCUGAGGUGCCCCAGCCAGAUUCCCAGCAUCUGUGAGCCUCUGGACCCCAACCCUCUGGACUCCUGAUGCUCCAAGGCGGCUGAUGGCGCUGGAUGAAGUUGCACAGUCAGCUUCUGUGGGGGCCGGCACCGUGUUGGCUGCUGGGGCAGGGGCGCGGGCUGGCACUUCACACAUUGCUGCUGCCCCGGGUCCACCUGUCUCCACUUUCACAGCUUCUGAAUCUGUGGUCCUUCCCUUCUGUCCUCCGAGGGGCCUGCCUUCUCUUGUGUCCAGUAGGCACUCUGUGACCAGCUUAACUUAGGGAAGCCCCCUCCCCUUCUCAUCUGUCCCAAGAGGGUCUGCUCCAAGCCUGCGUUCCUAGGUGGCUCAGCCUCAGCUGUCCGGGUGGUGGCCCUGGCACCCUGUAUGCCCACAGCUACUGGAGUCCUGCCUGCUGCUCCGGGCCAAGCUUCUGGUUGAUUAACAGGGGCAUGGGGUGGUCCCUCGAGACCUUCCCCUACCUUUUGUGGGACCAGUGAUACCUCGAAGACAGCGUCCUCUCUACAGCUGGGUGCCAGAGGUAGGGAAUCCUCAGUGGAGCUGGCGAACCCUGAUACCAGGAGCCCAGGCCUCCCUAAGCCCCUGGCUUCCAGCCAGCUCAUUGUCAGCCUAUUCUGGACCUCCUGGACCGCAGCCCCUUCCCCACAGCCCCAGAAGGGUCCCAGACCCCACUGCAGGACCUGGUCCCAGCCCCUCAGCCUCGUCUGCAGCCCCUGGAGGCCGGUCCCGCCCACCUUUCCGGCCUCAUGUCACACUGUUCUGCUUCCUGCUCCGUGCUCCAGUACCACCGAAAUAUACGUUCUGGAACAAAAACA